GGCCGAUUACUGGAAAUCUCAGCCAAAAAAGUUCUGCGAUUACUGCAAGUGCUGGAUAGCAGACAACAGACCUAGCAUUGAGUUUCACGAAAGAGGAAAGAAUCAUAAAGAAAAUGUGGCAAAAAGAAUUAGUGAGAUUAAAAAGAAAAGCUUGGAAAAAGCAAAAGAAGAAGAAGACAUGUCAAAAGAAUUUGCAGCAAUGGAGGAGGCUGCAAUGAAAGCAUAUCAAGAAGAUUUGAAAAGGCUUGGAAUUAAGCCAGAUGAUGUAGGUCCUAGUUCGACGCAGAGUAAAACACAGAGUAACACAGUGGAAACUAAAGGAAAGAAAGAGAAGAAAGAGAAGAAGGAAAAGAAGGAAAAGAAAGAAAAGAAAAAAAAGACACCUCAGGACACCUCAAUGCCACCAAAAACUGAAACGAAGGAGUGGGUGCAAGGAUUUUCUCCCGAAGGCUAUACAUAUUACUACAACACAAGAACAGGAGAAUCACAGUGGGAGAAACCUAAAGGAUUCAAAGGCAACUCUCAAAACUCACAAACGGCAGCAGAGUGGGUAGAAGGUGUCACUGAAGAUGGUCAUACCUAUUACUAUAACACACAAACAGGAGUGUCCACAUGGGAGAAACCAGAUGGUUUUGUUUCAUCUUCAAAUGAGAAGAGUCAACGUGACAAGCAUUCUGAAGAGCUUGCAGAAACAGAUUCCAAAGCAUCUGAAUCGGACUCAGAAGACAGUGAAAAUGAAGCACAGAGUUCAGAAACAAAUUUCAAGAGGAAAGGAGAUAAUGGUGAAGAAUCAGAGGAAGGGAAAAAAUCUUCCAAAGCUAAAAAGUUAAGUCCUUAUGGGAAGUGGCGAGAAGUUAAGCCAGAAGAAACUGUUGAUAAAGAGAGUACAUCAGCUUCCCAAGAAACCUCUAGUGAUGCAACUAACAAGACAAACCCUUAUGGAAAAUGGAAAGCAAUUAAAGAAGAAGAAGAAGAAGAAGAACCAUGUGAAAAAGUAGACCUGGAGCUUCCUAGUACAGAGAGUGACAGUCUACCAGCUCCAGUGCUAGAGGUUCCAGAAGAUGCAACAGUGAUAUUUAAAGAGAAGACAGUCACCUCCCUUGGAGACCUGACGGAAGGGGUGCCAACAUUUAAAAAGAGGAAAUUUGAAAAUGGAAAAUCUAGAAACUUAAGACAAAGACUAAGCGAUCAGUAA